AUGUCUCCCACCACCAUCGCUGUACUCGACCCCUUCCACCCAGACGCCAUCACCCUCCUUCAAUCCACGCCCAGCAUCACCACCAUCCUUCCCAACACAUCCCAGCACCAGAACUGGCACGGCCAAGCCGAUGGCGUCAUCUUACGAUCAGACACGCGCCUCACAGAAGAGGACUUUGCGAAAGCGACCCCUCGUCUCCGCGUCGUCGUCAAGCAAGGCGUGGGCGUCGACAACAUCGACCUCGACGCGGCCAAUAAAUAUGGCGUGGCAGUACACAAUACGCCCGCUCUCAACUCAGAAAGUGUAGCGGAGCUCUCCGUCGCGCUGGCCUUCAGCCUCUCACGACGCGUCACGGAGAUUGACCGGCGCAUACGCAAGGGUGAGACUAUCAUGCGAAGCCAGACGCUGGGCAUCAGCCUAUUUGAGAAGACCGUCGGUAUCGUCGGGAUGGGCAACAUUGGCAUCCAGGCCGCUAGGAAAUGGAGGGGCGUGUGCUCUGCCAACAUCAUCGCGUACGACCCCGUGGUGCCCAAGGAGGCGUGGGCAGACAUCCCUCACAAGCGCGUCGACACCCUCCAGGAGCUCCUCCACGAGGCAGACGUGGUGACGCUGCACGUGCCCCUUUUGCCGACGACGAAAGGACUCAUUGGCGAGAAAGAGUUGUCGCUGAUGAAGGAGAAUGCGAUACUGGUGAACACAGCGCGAGGCGGGCUGGUUGAUGAGAAGGCGUUGCUGGAGGCGCUGAAGAAGGGGAAGCUAUGGGGCGCAGUGCUCGAUGCAAUGGAAGUCGAGCCGCCAACGACAGACGCGUAUCCCGAGUUGCUGAGCUUGGACAAUGUCAUUCUGACACCCCAUAUCGGGGCAUCGACGGUCGAGACGCAGAGCCGCAGCGGGUGCGCCGCCGUCAAGAGUGUUCUGGCCGUCCUGAACGGCGAGAGCAAUGUGCCAGGGAGACUUGUAUAA